UUCCUAGAAGGAAGCUCACACUGGAAAGGAAUCUUUGUUUUCAGGUGGAAAUAUUGCUAGAAAUGGAGGUUGAUGAGGGUGGAGUGCAGUUUGAGGAUUACUUCCCUUCCAUGAUGGAGGGUUUGGGAGCUGAGGGCUUCAUCUUGGAGCUCUGCAACGGGUUUCACUUGCUGAUGGAUGUGGAAAAAGGGCUGAUCACUUUGGAGAGCUUGAGGAGGAGCACCAUAGAGUUAGGGUUGCAGGAGAUGGGAGAUGAUGAGCUUGUGUGGAUGCUGAGUGAGGGAGAUUUGGAUGGAGAUGGGGCUCUCAAUCAGACCGAGUUUUGCAUUCUCAUGCUGAGAUUGAGUCCGGGGUUGAUGGAGGGACCCAAGCAGUGGGUGGAGGAGAUGUGUACAUGAGUGAGAUCAUAAAACCCUAGCUAGGGUUUUAGCUUAGCUAUAUAUGUGGUCAUGGUUUCUUUCUUUCAUAUAUUUGGAUGUCAUCCUCUUUGCUGUAUGGUGUUGUUACUGGAUAAGACAAUAUAUCACGGUAGAGCUAAUUGGAUUUUUCUUUUCUAGCAAUUA